UGAACGUGUGUAUGUAAUAAUUUAGGGAAAUUAGGGGGAGGCGUUAGUUAUUUAGUUCAUAGUUCAUACCCGCCAUUUUCCCGCGAGAGCAAAGAUCGACUCCAAAACACACACUGUGCUCAACACCUCGCAAAACUCACCAAAAUCUCCGAUCAAAUUCACCCAUUUCCGUCAAAACCUAAUCGAUUAUUCAAUUCAAACCCUAGAAAAUCACCAAUAAGAUGUUCACAAUCCGAAUUCACUCUGUAGAUACAGAUCAUCCUCUUUUUCUCUCUUUUCCUUCAAACUCAAACCCUAACCCUAAUCCCCAAUUCGUCGAACGCAGAGGCAUAAUCCAUCUUUUUCGAACUCUAGUCAACAAUCCUUCAACUUCCGAUUCAUCUACAUCAACCACUCGAUCCACUCUCCUUUUUAUUGUUGCUGUUCCUAAUUACUUCUCUUCUGAUGAUCUGCUUCGAUUUUUCGGGUCCCACAUAGCUGAUAUCUCGGAAUUUUUCAUCAUUAGGAAUGAUGGUAUGGAGGAUAGAUACAGUGUGUUAAUUCGAACUGGGAAUCAGAUUGCAGCAGAUGCGUUUUAUCGUACUUUUAACGGGAAACGUUUUUCGCCUCCGGAGGUUGAAAUAUGCCACAUAUUGUUUGCUCUUUCAGUGGAGUUCACUGAAUUGGCAGAAAUUGCCAGCACAGCUCCUCCUGGUUAUGUUGAGCUCCCAACUUGCCCCAUUUGCCUAGAGAGACUGGACCAAGAUACUAGUGGAAUCCAGAGUACAUUGUGCGAUCAUUCUUUUCAAUGUUCUUGCAUUUCUAAGUGGACUUAUUUGUCUUGCCAGGUUUGCCGAUUAUGCCAGCAGCAGGAUGAUACUCUAAAUUGCUCUGUUUGUGAUACAUCAGAGAACCUCUGGGUGUGCAUCGUAUGUGGCUUUGUUGGAUGUGGAAGGUAUAAAGAAGGACACACUUUCAAGCAUUGGAAAGAUACACAACAUUGUUAUUCACUUAAUUUAGAGACUCAAAGGGUUUGGGAUUAUGAAGGUGACAAUUAUGUUCACCGUUUAAAUCAUUCCAAGGCUGAUGGGAAAUCGGUGGUGGCUGACUCACAGUGCAUGUCCCAUGAUGGAGAUUGUGGUGCCUGUGGCGAUGGUGAGGAUUCUGAAAUGACUGGUGCUCUCUUCAGCAGCAAAUUCGAAGCAAUAACUGAUGAAUAUAACCAUCUUCUUGCAACACAACUGGAGAACCAAAGACAGUAUUAUGAAUCUCUGCUUGUAGAGGCUAGAAGUAAAAAGGAGUGUAGUAUUGCUGAAGCCGUGGAGAAUGCUGUAACGACAAGGAUGCAAGACCUGCAGUGCAGACUGGAAAUAUGCGAAGAUGACAAAAAAUCAGUUUUAAAUAUGAAUCAUGUUCUAAUGAAGGCCCAGGAAGAGUACAAGAAAAAGAUAAAGGAGAUUGAGGAAAGCUUCAUUGCACAUCUUCAUUCCCCCUUGUUUGCCAGGGAGCUGAAAUCUCUCAGAUCAAGGGAAGAGCAGAUACUUGAUAUGGAGGAGCAGAUUAGAGAUCUUAAAAUUUACAUUGAAGCACAAAGGAAAUUCGGCAGCAUAACAGAUUCAGAUGGCAUAAAAGGAGGAACAGUGUUGCCUGUUCCUCAAAUGCAGUCUACUCCUGCUAAUACUAAGAGGCGUGUGAAGUCAGGGCGACAUCGCAAUUAAAUCUUCAUGUGGGAAGUUAGGACUCCAUUAUAUGUACAGAAAAUGGUUGUGUAAACUUGUAAAAUGACUUGUGAAUGUGAAUGUGAAGCAAUUUUUAAUGGAAGUAUUGAAGUUGAAUCAA